AUGUCUGAAAAACAACAACAGCCACCAGCUGCUUCGUCUGCUACUGGAAGUUCCAAUCCCUUUACAGAGACUCUGGAACGAUUCAGAAAGUAUCAUUCUGCGAGUGCUCCCGAAUCAUUAGGAUUGGACCGAUUGGAGUACAAACCCAAAAACACAUACAAUGUCAAACUAAAAUCAGCAAUACAACCAAAGAAAUUGAAAAUACCUAAAGAGCUUCAGCAAUUCAAUCAUCUCGAUCCUUCACGAAAUACAAGCACAAAGAAGAGAGAAACAAGCACAACAACCAUCAACAACAAGAGAGCCUCUAGUCAUCAGGAAAAAUCAUCAAGGAAGAAUGUUCUCGAGGCCGAGAGACCACCAAAGCAAGCAAAGCACUCUGUACAUGUAAACAAGUUAUCAGAGUUGACAAUGUUGAGCGCAAGUGCUAGAAUCGGAGCAUUGAAACCAAUACAAAUGGAGGACGAUGAAGUGCCAUCCCACGAUGACACUCGAAAAAAUUAUCCUAGGUUAUUACUAGUAUUGAAAGAGUUUUCGGAUGAAGAAAAAGAUAUCAUUGUGAGCGGACAACCAAUCGAGAGCAAAAGCAAAUUCUUGCCUCUUGAGGUAUUUGACGAUUUUGAUACAUUCGAAAGAUUUUCAAACGAAGAGUUACUGUCAAAUAAGCAUGUCACGUAUUCCAAAUAUUACACAGGAUCCAAAGAAGAGGCCUAUCGAUGGGCACCUUGUAGAAUAGUUGCAUAUAACGAACAAGAUAAUAAGUUCCUCAUUGAAUGGAUUUCUGAAAAUUCUUCUGAUGAAGACCCAGCAAAUAAUGUAAAUAGUGAAGGGAAUAAGCGCAAGUGGGUCACCCGACUCAAUCUCUUCGUCGAAUCGGAUGAUGUUUUUGAACUUCGGGUUAGAUGUGCUCAAAUGAGACGAAAAAAGUUUGAAGAGCGGAUGUACUACUAUUUGCAAAUUGAUAAGGCCAUUAGUGACGAUUUAGUAGACAUUUCACCUUUUGAAAAACAAAUCUAUGAAAAAGUGCUUAAAUUGGUCGCCAAUGAAUCACAAUUUCCGACAAGGCAUGUCCCUGUGAUUGAGAACUAUGUUAACGAAGCAAAAGAUCAUUACAAGUCCGCAAUCAAGGAAGGCAUUUUUUUAUAUUACCUCAACAGUAAGGAAGAAUAUGAAAAAUAUCAGAAAUAUUUGUGGUGCAAGGAUGAACUCAAGAAGAAUAACGCCAAUGCUCCGUAUCUAGGUGUUGUUGAGGUUCCAAAGUAUAACUACAAUGAACUCCAUACAACAAUUGAGCAAAAUAUAUUUUACACAAACCCAGAUCUAAUUCAGGCUCUUCACAACAUUCACUCACAACUCUAUUUAUUGAUUAGUAGCUUACAGGAGGAUGGAAAAUCAAUGGAUUUGGUCAUGACUGAAAAAUUUGAAACACCAAUUGAUUUAACAGCUUUUUUGAACAUACAAAGUGAAACACUCUCUAAUUCGAUGAAAAGAAUCCGAGAGGAUUGGUGUCAAAAAGUAACAUCCAUUGUACAGAAUGAUUUGGAUGGCUUUUUCCAUUUCUUUGAGGAUGACAUGGAACGAUUCGAAUCAUCCCGUAUGAAAAAAUUUUUAAGAUUGACAAACAUUCUGCUCUCUGUGCAACUGAGGGAUUAUGCUUUUGAUGAGCUAAAAAAAUUACAUGAUUUCGUGAAUCCAUACCAUGCAAGAGAAUACAAACAUUUUGAUGCGAAUGAAGUAACAGGUUUUGAGCCUCUCUUCACCAUCAAGAUAAUUGAGCAAGAAUGCAAUGGUGAUUACAGUAUUGUAUUUAGUCCAUCCUUAGAACAGAUUUUAGAAGGAGUACGACAAGUAUUCUUUGAUGUGUUAGAGGAGACUAAUUUUGUCAACGGUAUUGGCGAAAACCUUUUUCCACUUCUCACUCUCAGCCCUGAGCAAUAUUCUAUCAAUAACUUGCAAUUGAAGUCUGAAGAGCAAACUCAGAAUCUAUGGAAGGGCAUUGAGGAAGUAAUUCUUUCAAACUUUACUGAACCAGAACUAUUGAUCAACCUCUACAAGAAUUAUGAGUAUUGUUUGAAACUUGAUCCUAUGGUGUUUGCUCAAGAUUUUUUCAAUGAGAGGUUUGGGAAGAUGGAUAUUCCAACAUUGUUAGCUCAAUUUAGAGAUGAGUUGAACAGACUCAAACAAGCUUCUCAAGAAGUGUACGAUAUUUCAACAGAUUAUGUUAAUUUUAAUAUGUUACGAAUUGACUGUACAGAAAUUAAGGAAGCACUCUUUAAUAGAACCGAUGGAGCAGCAAAAGAGUUGAUGAAAUUGAUUUCAAAAUGGGGAACUGAAGAAAGUCAUAGAAUAUCCCUUUCUUUUAAGGCUGUAUAUGAAAAGGUUCAAAUGAUACCACAAACAGCAGAAGAGUUGGACGAACUCAAAAAGUAUCUUCUUGAAUGUACAAAAGAAAUUGAACGUCUUCAGAGCCAAUUUGCCACUGUAAAGUCUAGUUUUUCACUCUUAUCAGAUUUUACGUUUAACCUUGAAAGUGAAGACUUUUCAUCCUAUGUUGACACUCAUUCUUGGCCAAAGAAAGUCUACAGUCUACUUGAGGAUAGCACGAUCAGAUUAGAGGAGGAUAAGAGAAAGUUCAUGGAUGAACUUCAAAGAGAUAUCAAUACUUUGAUUCACAACUUUGAUAUUUAUGAAAAAGAAAUUGAGACUUUUGCCUCAUUCAAUGACUUGGAGAAGACAGAUGAAUAUCAUGAAAAGAUAAAGCACAUGGAAGCAAAAAUUGAAGAGGCCAAGAAGAAUGCUGAUCUCUAUAACAAUCGUGAACGAAUGUUUAACAUGAACACGACCGAGUUUACCAAACUCAAAGACAUUGAAAAGCUAUUUAAACCUUACUUUGAUCUUUGGACAGUUGCUUUUGAAAAAGCACAAAAUUUCCCCAAAUGGAACGAAGGAACAUUUAUGCAUUUGGAUGCCAAUUAUAUUGAAGAAUGUUUGAACAUGUGGACGACUAAUUUAAGAAACUUGGAAAAGACCUUACUACCAAAGGAUGAAACUGCCAAGGAAAUCACCAAACAAGUUAAAAAGGAGGUGUCUGAAUUCAAAAAACACAUGCCACUAAUCAAAGCUUUAAGAAACGAUGGCCUCAGGCAGAGACAUUGGCAAAAGAUUGCUAAAUUACCGGUGGAAUUUGGUAAAUCGUCCGCUCCUCUCGAUAUUGAAAGUAUCAACAUUAUGAACUUGGGCGAUUUUACAAAACUAGGUUUUGAGGAAAGAAAUAUUUUGGAACGAAUUAUUGAGAUAUCUGAUAUCGCAAGUAAGGAAGCAGUCAUUUCUCGUAAUCUUGAAAAAAUGUAUGCUGCUUGGAGAAAUGUCAAUUUCCAUUUGGAAAAGUAUGGAACCACUUACAAACUUGUCGAAUUAGACGAACUUCAAGUACUCUUGGACGAACAAAUUGCCAUUACUCAAAGUAUGCGUGCCUCGCCUUAUGUGAAAGAACUGGAGGCUGAAGUGAUGGCAUGGGAAAACAAGCUCAUUGAAAGACAAGAUAUUAUGGUUGAAUGGAUCAAAUGUCAAGUGGCUUACUUGUACUUGGAACCAAUUUUCAGUUCUCAUGACAUUUCAGCCCAACUUCCUGAUGAAGCCACGAAAUUCUCCAUGGUAGAUAAGAUGUGGAAGAACGUCAUGGACAAUGCAUACAAAACAAAGGUUGUUGCACAAGUUAUUUCUGAUGAAAAUAUGAUCGAUAACUUCCAGACAGCUAACAAGAGACUGGAUCAAAUUCACUAUGGCUUAAAGCAAUAUUUGGAAACCAAGAGAAGAGCAUUUCCAAGAUUUUAUUUCCUUUCUGAUGACGAACUUCUUGAAAUUCUCUCAGAGACAAAGGAUCCACUCAGAGUACAACCUCACUUGAAGAAAUGUUUUGAAGGAAUUGACAAGCUUGAAUUUGAUAAGGAAGGAAAAAUUGUUGCCAUGUUGAGUAAACAAGGCGAAAGAAUUGCCUUUACUAAACCAGUAAUACCAGCCGAAAAGAAUGGUAGAGUUGAACUAUGGCUUUUGGAAAUUGAGAGCGAAAUGAAGGUAGCUCUCAGGCAUGUCAUUGAACAAUCCAUCAAUGCAUACAGUGCCAUCGCGGGUAAUAUUGAUAAGAGAGGACAAUGGAUUUUAAAUUGGCCUGGUCAAGUUGUGUUAACUGUCAGUCAAUUAUUUUGGACAAAGGAAGUUGAAGAAUCUAUUAAUGUACAAGGUGUCAAGGGAGUUCAGAGAUACUACUCUAAAAUGACAAAACAACAAAAAGCCCUUAUCGAAUUGGUGAGAGGUGAGAAUUUGUCUCUUUUACAAAGUAUCACAUUGGGUGCAAUGGUUGUGAUUGAUGUUCACGCAAGAGACGUUGUUGCUGGACUUGUUAAGGAGGAAGUGAGUGACAUUUCUGACUUUGAAUGGCAAAGUCAAUUGCGAUACUAUUGGGAAGAUACCAAAGACAUUAAUGGUAAAAAUCAAUUUCAAGUUAUUGUCAGACAAAUUACAUCCGUACUAAAUUACGGCUAUGAAUACUUGGGUAAUCAGGGAAGACUUGUCAUUACUCCCCUCACAGAUAGAUGUUAUAGAACUUUGACUGGUGCUCUUCAAUUGUACAAAGGAGGUGCCCCAGAAGGUCCUGCAGGUACUGGUAAAACAGAAACCACCAAAGACCUUGCGAAGGCCAUCGCCAAACACUGUAUUGUAUACAACUGUUCAGAUACUUUGACCUAUGAAUCAAUGGCUCAAUUUUUCAGAGGCCUUGCAUCCAGCGGCGCUUGGUCAUGUUUUGACGAGUUCAACAGAAUUGAAUUAUCUGUACUUUCUGUGGUUGCUCAACAAAUUCAAACCAUUCAAAUUGCUGUUGCAAGUAGAGCUACAAGAUUUUUCUUUGAGAACAUGGAAAUUACUAUGAAUCCUACGUGUGCAAUUUUCAUCACAAUGAAUCCUGGUUAUGCCGGUAGAUCUGAACUACCUGACAAUUUGAAAGCAUUAUUCCGUCCUGUAGCAAUGAUGGUUCCUGACUAUGCCUUAAUUGCUGAAAUUUCAUUGUUUUCUUAUGGCUUCUUGGACGGCCGUAAACUUGCAAAAAAGAUUGUCACUACUUACAAACUUUGCAGUGAGUUACUUUCAUCACAAGAUCACUAUGACUAUGGUAUGAGAGCUGUUAAAGCUGUACUUGUUCGAGCAGGUUCUCUCAAGCGACAGUACCCUAAUAUUAACGAGGAACAACUCAUGUUGAGAGCUCUAAAUGACGUGAACCUUCCAAAGUUCGUUUCUGCAGAUAUUCCUCUUUUCAAUGGUAUCAUUACUGACUUGUUCCCAUCUAUUCAACACCAAAAGGUCGACUAUUCUGAAUUGGAAAAGAAUAUCAAACUCACAUGCGCAGAAAUGAAUCUACAACCUGUUCCUUAUUUCAUUGAGAAAAUUAUUCAAUUGUACGAAAUGAUCAUUGUGAGACACGGUUUAAUGUUGGUGGGUGUUCCACUCUCUGGUAAGACAAAGGCAUAUCUUGUACUGAAGGCAGCACUUGAAAAGAUGGGAGAAAAGAUUCACGUAAAGGUAUUGUCACCAAAAGCCGUCACUCUUGGCCAAUUGUAUGGUUACAGAGAUGUCAAAACUAAAGAUUGGAAGCAUGGUGUGUUGGCUAUUCAAUUUGAAGAUUUGAGUUCACUACCCGAAAAUGACAGAAAAUGGCUCAUGUGUGAUGGUCCAGUCGACGCUAUUUGGAUUGAAUCCAUGAACACAGUAUUGGACGACAAUAAGAAAUUGUGUUUAACUUCUGGACAAAUUAUUAAGAUGGGAGAAAAUAUGAACAUGAUGUUUGAGGUGCAAGAUUUGGCUGCUGCCUCUCCUGCUACCGUUUCCAGAUGUGGUAUGGUUUACAUGGAAGCUGAAAAAAUUGGAUCUUGGGAACCUUUUUUACAAAGUUGGCUCACCAGUUCAGAAUUCCCUGCUCCUUUGAGAGAAUCGAAAGACUUCAAUGAAGUUGAGGAGUGUUUGCGUACUCUCUUCUCAACAUUUAUUCCAUCCAUCAUGAAAAUGUUCAAGAUGUAUCACAGCUCAUCUGCCUACAUUCGAGUACGAAGCGACUCAAUGCUCGAAGUUUCACUUAUUAAUAUCAUGCAAAGCUUGAUGGAUGAAUUUGCCGAUCCAAAACAAAUUGCUUCAAUCAACAAUAAGGAUAAGAUAUUCAUUUUGGAGUGUUUGUUCCAAUUUGCCCUAGUUUGGUCUGUUGGUAUUGUAUGUGAUGAUCGAGUGAAAUUUGAUCAACACUUUAGAAAUGUUGUUGAAGAAAAAUCAAGAACCAAGGCAUACAAAUUCCAACUUCCCAUUCCUGAGAAACCAAAUACUAUUAUUUUCGAUUUCGUAUUCGAUAAAAAGACCAGAAAAUGGAUUGAAUGGACAGCCUCUGAUUAUGCUCCCAAGACUAGCAUCAAACCAACUGAAGAAUUCAGAAAUAUCAUUGUUCCCACAAUGGAUACAAUCAGAUUUCAGUUCAUGCUUAAAACGUUGCUUGACCAUGGAAAGCAACCUCUCUUUGUUGGUCCUACAGGAACAGGAAAGAGCGCUUAUAUUAAGCAGUUCUUGCUCAAUAUUGACAACUAUUAUCCUGAAGAUCAAAAGUCCAACUUUCUUCCUGCUUUCAUUAACUUUAGCGCCACAACUACUCCAGGACUCACUCAAGAUAUUGUCGAAUCAAAACUUGGUAGAAGAAAGCAAGGAUAUAUUGGUCCUCCCAUUGGUAAAAAGAUGGUCAUAUUUGUCGAUGAUUUGAACUUGCCCACUCUCGACGAAUAUGGAGCUCAACCAACAAUCGAACUUUUAAGACAAUGGCAAGAUCAAGGUGGUUGGUAUGAAAAAUCGAGCAAAACAGCAGCAUUCACGCACGUGGUUGAUGUCUUAUUCGUAUGUGCUAUGGGUCCAACAGGAGGUGGUAGAAAUGAAGUGACUUCACGAUUUUUGAGACAUUUCAACGUUAUUGGGUUGACCUCUUUUGAUAAUCAAACAUUAACAACCAUCUUCUCAGAGGUCAUGGACUGGUUUAUUGCUUCAAACAAUAUUUCUGUGAUCAGUAAGAUCCUUGCAAGACAAAUUGUUCUUGGCUCCAUCAGUUUGUACAACAACGUCAUUGAACAAUUCAGACCAACUCCAGAGAAGUCUCACUAUACAUUCAACUUGAGAGAUUUGUCAAAAGUUUUCCAAGGAAUUGUUGGUGUUGGAACAAAGCUGGAUGGAACACAACUGGAUAAGGUUUCGCUUGUGAAGAUUUGGGCGCACGAAGCCAUCAGAGUUUUCCAUGACCGUCUCGUUAAUGACCAGGACAGAGAAGCUUUCUUCCAAAUUCUUGAUAAGGAGUUACAAGUUGGAGAGAUUAAAUACAUUAUGGAAGAAACUACAUUUGACUAUAGAAGUACCCUAUACACCUCAUUAACAGAUGAAACUUGUGAAAAGUUUAAGGAAGUAACUCUCAACAAAUCAACAGAUCCCAAUGUUACCGACAUUAGCAAACUGCAUGCAAUUUUAACAUCAAAAUUAGAAGCAUACAAUGAAAUUCACAGCAAGAUGGACCUCGUUUUGUUUAAUUUUGCCAUCGAACACAUUGCUAGAGUAGUUAGAAUCAUUACUCAACCUGGAGGCAAUGCUCUGUUGAUUGGUGUAGGUGGUAGCGGUCGUCAAAGCUUAACAAAGCUUGCAGCUUUUGCAGCUGAUUAUACUCUAUUCAGUAUACAAUUAACUAGAUCUUUUGGAGUCUCUGACUGGAAAGACAAAAUGAAAGAAUUACUGCUCAGUGUGGGUGUUAAGAAAAACCAGACAGUUUUCUUAUUUAAUGAUAAUCAAAUCAAACAUCAAGAAUUUUUGGAAGAUAUUAGCAGCAUUUUGAACACUGGCGAAAUUCCUAACUUGUUUGACAAGGACGAGUACAAAGAUAUUUGCGAGAGUUUGAGAGUUCAUGCAAGAAAUGAGGGCAGAGGUCAAACUCCUGAAGAACUCUACAAUUAUUUUGUUGACAGAUGCAAGGAAUGUUUGCACAUUGUACUGUGUAUGAGUCCUGUUGGAGAUAGCUUAAGAAAUUAUCUAAGAAUGUUCCCUUCACUUGUCAAUUGUUGUAACAUUGAUUGGUUCAGCACUUGGCCAGAUCAAGCUUUACACGCUGUGGCGGAAAAGUUCAUAAGAAGCAUUGGCGAAACUAGUGAAGAGGAUACAGAAAAAGGAAUUUCAAUUCCAAAAGACGAGGUAUUCGAGAAGGACGUCGAGAAGUACAUUGACUUGUGUGCCUAUUUCCAUACGUCUGCAAUUGAACUUUCCAAAACCUUUUUCGAGAAGAUGAAGAGACAUAACUAUGUAACGCCAACCACAUAUUUGGAAUUAUUGAGAAACUUUUCAGAGUUGGUCAAAGAAAAGCGAAGAGAGUUGCAUACUCUUAGAGGAAAGUUCGAGCUUGGUCUUCAAAGAAUUGCAGAAACGGAUAAGGAUGUCAACCAAAUGCAAAAAGAAUUGGAAAUUUUACAACCAAAUCUCGUAGAAUUAUCCAAACAAAACGAAGAACUGUCAAAGAAAAUUGAGAUUGAGUCUAUUAAUGCUAACGAGAAAGCCAAGAAGAUUGAAAUUGAACAGGAAGAAAUCAACAAACAAGUGGCAAAGAAUGAAGAAGAUAAAAUGUACUGUCAACAGGAACUCGCUCAAGCUGAACCAAUUUGGAUUGAAGCUCAGCAAAAGGUAAAGGAAAUUACCACACAACAAAUUGCAGAAGUGAGAGGUAUGCAGGCUCCACCAGAAGGUGUAAAAACUGUGCUGAAAGCCAUCUGCAUCAUGAGAGGAGAAAAAGUCAAAACGAUUGAUGAUGGACUUGGCAACAAGACAAAAGAUUGGUGGGGUGCUUCGAAAGAAAUGAUGGCCAAAAAGGGUUUCUUAAACUAUAUCAAGAACUUUGAUGUGAAUUCUCUUACGGCGGAAGUUGUACAAACUUUAUCACCAAUUUUAGCGGAAAUGGAUGUUGAGAAAAUCAAAAGAUCAAGCGCUGCUGCGUUUGCUUUGAACGAAUUCUUGAAUGCUCUCGUCAAGUACUAUAAGGUGAACAGUGUUGUUGAGCCAAAAAGAAAAGCUCUUGCCGAAGCAGAGGAAAAAUGUGCUGAGGCUGCAAGAUAUCUACAAGAAAAGAAACGAGAGCUUGCUGAAAUUCAAGAAAUGAUCGCUCAGAAAGAAGUUGAAAGAAAAGAAUGUGAAGCAAAGAAAAAUGAAUUAGAAACAGAAUAUCAAACAGUAAGCAUAAAGUUAGAAAGAGCUACCAAGUUGAUUGGAUUGUUAGAAGGAGAGAAAAUCAGAUGGGAAGAAACGUUGGCGCACAUUAUUGAACAACAAACAUGUACUAACGGUGACGUUUUAUUAGCUUCAGGAAUUCUUUCUUAUCUUGGAGCUUUCACAUCUGAAUAUAGAAAGAAAAUUAUUAAGAAAUGGACUCAAAAGUUAUCACAAUUUGGUAUCAAGUUUUCUGAAAACUUUUCAUUACCUUCAACGUUGUCAGAACCAAUGGAAGUUAGAAAUUGGAUUAUCAAGGAAGGCCUUCCUUCGGAUGACUUCUCUGUUGAGAACGCAACCAUUGUGAAGAGAACAACUGGGAGAUGGCCACUGUUUAUUGAUCCUCAAGGCCAAGCUAUGAACUGGAUUAAGGAAAAGGAAAAGCAACAAAAGAAGGACGCAGACUCUCUUCUCAUCAUCCAAAUGACAAAUCCUUCCCUUAUUAAGAGUUUAGAAAAGGCCAUUACUCAAGGCACAACCACUAUUAUUGAAGGUGUGGGUGAAGAAUUAGACCCAGCUCUUGAACCUCUGUUGACACUUAGAACCUAUUACAUUGGAGGUGUCAAGUAUAUUAACUUGAGUGAUACACCUACAAUUUAUAACGAUUCGUUCAAAUUGUAUUUGGUCACAAGUCUUUCUAAUCCUCACUACCUCCCAGAAGUGUCUACCAAGGUGCAAAUUAUUAACUUUAUGAUCACUCCAUAUGGUCUGGAAGAACAAUUACUUGCUAUAGUUGUCAGAAUUGAAGAAAAGAAGCUCGAAACUGAAAAGAAUAACUUGGCGAUUCAAAAUGCCAAAUAUCAAGAACAGUUGAAACAUUAUCAAGAUAAGAUUUUGCAAUUACUCGUCGAAACAACAAAAGAGAAAAUGCUCGACGAUGACACUGUCAUUAACGCUCUUUCUUCUUCAAAGCAAACAUCAAGAAAAAUUGAACAAAAGCAAAUUGAAACCAAAAAGACAGAAAAGGACAUUGAUACCAAGAGAAACCUUUACAGACCUGUAGCAGAAAAUGGUAGCACGUUAUUCUUUGCAAUAAGUGAACUUCCCAACAUUGAUCCAAUGUACCAAUAUAGCUUGAGUUGGUAUCAAGAGCUCUUUACGCAAUGCAUUAAUGAACUUCCACAUGAAGAGAAUAGAUCCAUCACACAAAAGAUUGAACAACUCAAGGAUUACUUUACCUAUCAAAUGUAUACCAAGGUCUGCAGAUCCUUAUUCCAAAAGGAUAAGCUGUUGUUCUCAUUGUUGUUGUGCAUUCAGUUAAUGAAAAAGAAGGGCCAUAUCGAUAGUGAAGAGCUAAAAUUCCUCCUCACUGGUACCAGUUCUGUUGUCAAUCAUGAGGAAGACGAAAACAAGAAACUUCCUGAUUGGAUUACUCAAAACAUGUACAAUGAAUUGUGUCAAAUUGACGGCAUGUCUCCAACCUUCCAACACUUUAAGAAAGAGUUCUUUGAUCAUUUACCUAAAUGGAAGAAGAUUUAUGACUCUCAAAAGCCACAAGAAGAGCCAUAUCCUGAUCGAUGGGACAAAUUGAGUCAAUUCCAGAAAAUGAUGGUGUUAAGAAUUUUGAGACCUGACAAGCUCAAUCCAGCAGUCGAAUCGUUUGUUGAAAAGAACAUGGAUAAGCGCUAUAUUGAACCAGUUCAAUUUAAUUUAAGAGUUUCCUAUCAAGACUCAUCUCCUACCAAGCCACUCGUAUUCAUUCUUUCUCCUGGUGUUGACCCAAUGGAACAACUUCGCAAAUUUGCAGAUCAAGAAAAUGUUACCCUUAAGAGUUUAUCUCUUGGACAAGGUCAAGAAGAUUUUGCAACUGAGAUGAUCAAUCAAGGAACUAUUCAGGGCAACUGGGUGGUAUUGCAGAAUUGUCACGUUCUUCUUUCAUGGAUGCCAAAACUUGAAAAGAUCAUUGAUGACUUGGCAAGAAAUGAAAAUAAGAUUGCGACCACCUUUAGAUUAUGGUUGACAAGUAUGCCAAGUGAGAAAUUCCCUGUGACCAUUCUACAACGAGGUGUAAAAAUUACUAACGAACCUCCAAGAGGUUUGAAAGCCAAUUUGUUGCAAUCAUGGAAUGCCGAUCCUAUUACCGAUGCUAAAUUCUUUACUACUUCCAGGAAGAGUAGAGAAUUCAAAAAGCUCUUAUUCGGUUUGACUUUCUUCCAUGCCUUAGUUCAAGAACGAAGAAAAUUUGGUCCUUUGGGAUGGAACAUUAGCUACGAAUUCAAUGAUUCUGAUUUGAAUAUUUCAUUGAGACAGCUACAAAUGUUUUUGAAUAGCAAAGAUGCAAAUAUUCCAUUCAAAGCUCUCACCUAUCUCACUGGUGAAUGCAACUAUGGAGGUAGAGUCACAGAUGAUCACGAUAGAAGAACCUUGAUGGCCAUUCUCUCCGAUUUUUACAAUGAAGAAAUUUUGGAAGACGGCUACAAAUUGUCACCAUCAGGAAUUUAUACUGUUCCAAGUGGAGAUAAAAAGCAUAACGAAUACAUUCAAUUCCUUGAAAAGUUGCCAUCAUGGGAAAAUCCAGAAGUGUUUGGCCUGCAUGACAAUGCCACAAUUAGUAAGGAUCAAACAGAAGCCAUGAAUAUGUUUGAUGCUCUUCUUUCCACUCAACAAAAUAAUGUCUCCGAAGAUAAUGAAGAAGAUGGAAAAGAAACCACACAUGAAGCUGACGUUUUGUACGAAUUGGCUGGAGACAUUCUUUCAAAGUUGCCAGAAAAUUUCCAAAUUGAAGGUGAAUCAGGAGCUGAAAACAAGUUUAAGGUUGAUUAUCAUGAAAGUAUGAAUACUGUCUUUGUGCAAGAAUUGAUUCGAUUUAACAGAUUGUUGAAUGUGAUUCGACAUUCACUCAAACAGUUGCAAUUGGCUUUGAAGGGUCUUGUGGUGAUGAGUAGUGACUUGGAACAACUCAGUUUUUCACUUUCGAAUGGUAAAUUACCAAAAUUAUGGGCAAAAGUCAGUUAUCCAUCUCGAAAACCUCUUCGUACCUAUAUUCAAGAUCUUUUGAAGAGAAUUGAAUUUUUCAGACAUUGGUUCGAUCAUGGAAAACCAAAUGUGUAUUGGUUGAGUGGUUUCUUCUUUACUCAAUCGUUCUUGACAGGUAUCAAACAAAAUUAUGCAAGAAAACACAAGAUUGCUAUUGAUCAGAUUGAAUUUGAAUUUGAAGUUUUAAAUAAGUAUUAUGAUCCUAAUACUGCUCAUGAAUUACCAGAGCCAGAAUCAGGAUGUUAUGUGUAUGGAAUGUAUUUGGAAGGGGCAGCUUGGGACAUGCAAAAGGGAACUCUCACAGAUCCAAGACCUAAACAACUCUUUGAUGAAAUGCCACUCAUUUGGUUCAAACCUGUGAAUGUUGUUGCAAGUGAAAAUCAAGCAGAGGGUGGAACUAAUGUCAACUCGUCUCAUUAUGUUUGUCCAUUGUACAAGACAAGUGAAAGAAGAGGUGUUCUCUCCACCACAGGUCACUCUACAAACUUUGUGAUGAGUAUCAAGUUGCCAAUGAAUGAUGACACCAAUGAAAAGUAUUGGAUUAAGCGAGGAUGUGCAUUGUUGUGUCAACUUGAUUAA